GUUCUCAUCGUCUGUCCAGCCCAGCCUCGUCUCUUUGUCCUCAUCCACCGGGAGCGACGCUAUCGGUCUGUUCCAAACCCACACGGACAGCACCCUCCCUUCCGACUCAGUCAUUUGCCUGCUGAAUGAUGCGACCUCCUAGCCGGCCCCUCCCCCCCAGACUUGAUUCAAGGCGACAGGCUUAGAGGACGAUACGGCCCAAUCACCAAACUACACCCUUGACCAAACGGUCCUGCGCCUACAAUUCCCAACGGUUCGUACGACAUACAUACGAUGUCCACCGGCCGCGCCUGGCAAAGCGGGCGGCAGGGCGCAUCUGGGCCUCAAGCAUGCUUGGAUACACUUGCAGGUUCGGAACAUGGGUAGAGAGUGGGCGAUUGACGUCGGGAUGGUGGAUCGAUCUGGUCAAGGAAGGAGUCGUGCGGUGCUCUACGUUCCAGUAGUUCGAAAUGAACUCAUUCUGUCAUCCGACUGAGUGUCAUAACACUUGACCGCGAAUGAUUGGUGAAGUACAUGCAAGCCGUAACUCGACGGGGUUGGCAGGCUUCUGGUUAACAUCUCUGUCUCCUUGUUCGCUCACUGACUUUUGUUUCACUCUGGUUGCACAGAAACAACCGAAGCUAAAGUCAGGCGUUCCGCCUCACCUCCUGCUCCCGCUUUCGUGCCCUCCAUCCUCUUCACGUCCCCUGACAUCAUGGUCUACAAAUUCACUGAACCUGCCAUCCCUCCUCCCCCAAUUCUCGUCUGCUGCACUCGCUCGCGCGGAUGAGGAUGCCGAGGAGCUAUCUCCGUUCUCUCCUGCCUACAAAUACAACGGAGGGAAGAUGCAGGUGCCAAGCGGAACCUUGUCACAUGUCUCGUACGUGAAGGUAUACGUGACUUGUCGUCUUCGCAGGAUCUGUUCCAGCGAAGGCGGGCCGCAGCAGCGGCUGCCAUGGGAGUUCCAGUCACACGCCGCGGACAAUGCGUAGUGCAGCUUGAUAGAUUUCCGGAUGGUAUCCGACUGGGGCAAGUGCGGAAGGGUCUAUUCCGCUGACGACGGGAUGCAGCCUAUGUUCGUACGAGUCGUUAUACUAUCUCU